GUGAUCACGUGUCUGCUCUGAUUCAGUUACAGGAAGUAAAAACACUAGUCUGCCGUUUUAUAUCUGAUUUCAAUCCACACUCUAAAUAAUUUGGCCUGGAUCAUAAAACAAUCUUCAGUAUGAUCCGACGCAAUCUUUAGACAUGUAAAUUAACUGGCCUGCGACUUCAGAGGUAUAAUCGUGCGUGGGGUUCUUAAAACGCCGGAGGAAUGGAGGAGACGAGCCGGGAGGCUGUGGCCACGGCAGUGCAGCGGGUCGCGGGGAUGCUGCAGCGCUCGGACCAGCUCGAUAAAGUGGAUCAGUACCGGAGGAGAGAGGCCCGAAAGAAGGCUUCUGUGGAGGCCAGGCUCAAGGCAGCGAUCCAGUCUCAGUUGGAUGGCGUUCGCACUGGCCUGACUCAGCUGCACACGGCCCUGGUGGAUGUGAAGCAGAUUCAAAGCUCUUUGGGCGAUGUGAGCAAAGACUGGAGACAGAGCAUCAACACCAUCGAGAGCCUGAAGGAUGUGAAGGACGCAGUGGUGCAGCACAGUCAGCUGGCUUCUGCUGUGGAGAACCUCAAGAACAUCUUCUCUGUCCCAGAGAUAGUGGCCUCCACUCAGCAGCUGAUCGAACAGGCCGACCUUCUGCAGGCGCACAGGAAACUGAUGGAGCUGGAGAGCUCCAGAGAUGACCUCAUGUAUGAACAGUUCAGGAUGGACAGCAAGAACACCAGCGACAUGCACCUCAUCUCUAUUUACUUUGAGGACGUCCAGGGCUUGUCAGAUGAACUGGCCAAGCAACUGUGGAUGGUUCUGCAGAGAGCCAUGGUGACGGUGCGCAGAGACCCCACCAUGUUAGUGUCCGCCGUGAGGAUCAUCGAGAGAGAGGAGAAGAUCGACCGCAAGAUGGUGGACAGGAAGAGGCAAACUGGCUUCAUCCCUCCAGGAAGGCCCAAGCGCUGGAAAGACAAAAUGUUUCAGGUUCUGGAGGGUACUGUGAGCACCCGCAUCGAGGGCACUCAGGCUGUGACCCGAGAGGCCGACAAAAUGUGGCUGGUCAGACUUCUAGAGAUCAUGAGAAAAUACGUGUUAGAUGACCUCAUCAUAGUGCAGAACCUCAUGGUGCAAUGUUUUCCCCCACACUACAACACGUUCAACAGAUUUUUUAGCCUGUACCAUAAUGCUGUUUCCACUCGUGUGACUGAGCUGGCUGCAGAGGACCUGGAGGCCAAUGAAAUUGUGUCUCUGUUAACCUGGGUCCUAAACACUUACAAGAGCUCAGAGAUGAUGGGUCACCCAGACUUGAGCGCAGAGUGUGACGUGAACUCUCUGGAGCCUCUUCUGCCUCAGGAUGUGGUGGAUGACCUGCUCAGCAAAUACAUCCAGACUUUCACAUCUAAUAUCACAGGCUGGCUGAGGAAGGCUUUGGAGACAGAUAAGAAGGACUGGCAGAAAGACACUGAACCAGAGGCGGACCAGGACGGGUACUACCAGACCACGCUGCCCGCUAUAGUCUUCCAGAUGUUUGAACAGAAUCUGCAGGUGGCCGCUCAGAUCGAUGGAGACUUCAGAGAACAGGUCCUCAAGCUCUGCCUCAAACAAAUGAACACUUUCCUACUAAGGUACCGAGAGGAGGUGGUUUUGUACAAAGAGGACCACCUCAGAGACAGACAGCUGCCUCAGUGCUAUGUGCAGUACAUGAUCGCCAUCAUCAACAACUGCCAGACAUUCAGAGAGUCAAUAAACAGCCUGAAGAGGAAGUACUGUGCCCACCCCGAGCACACAGAGAGCGACGCAGCGAUCGAGAGGACCCUGAACGAAGUGGCCAAAGAAGGCUGUCAGUAUCUGCUGGACGAGGUCUUCCUCGAUCUGGAGAAUCACCUGAACGAGCUGUUGACCAGGAAGUGGCUGAGCGGCUCUCAUGCUGUAGACACCAUCUGUGUGACUGUGGAGGACUAUUUCAACGACUUCAACAAAAUCAAAAACCCUUUUAACCAGGAGAUGACUGGAGAGGCCCUGCGGCGUGUGGUGGUGGAGUAUCUCAAAGCUGUGAUGCAGAAACGUGUCACUUUUAAAAAUGCCGACGAGCGAAAGGAAGGAGCUGAGCGCAUGAUCAAGGAGGCCGAGCAGUUCAAGUUCCUCUUUAGGAAAUUGGCCGCGGGAGAAGAUACAGACCGUCUGUGUGGAGCCAUUGCUGCCAUCGCUGAAGUGUUUAAACUCACAGACCCCACUCUGCUCUAUCUGGAGGUGUCCACUCUGGUGUCCAAGUAUCCAGACAUAAGGGAGGAGCACGUUCAGGCGCUGUUGGCCGUCAGAGGAGAUGCCAGCAGAGAAAUGCGUCAGAUGAUCAUCGGCACUUUGAGUGAAAACAGAGCGCCCCCUUCUGGUUUCUCUCAGCCCAUUUUCAGAGACAUCCCUGUCCCCAACAUCGCCAUGACGACCAUGACAACUAUGACCUCCAUGGCAACCGCUAAGCUGCUCAAAUAACCUUUCACUUUUGCACCUUUGAGGAAGAGAAAAAAAGAAAAGACUGAUAAAUAUGAAAAUUUGUGAUAAUAAUGAUGUAAUAAUUAUGUGUGUUUCACCGAAUCAAUAAAUUUAAGACUGUAAAUUAAAA